UAGGGUUUGCUUUUAGUCUUCCAUUUUUCGUCGUUGCUGUUCGGCUUCGUUGCGCAGGAGGUGUAGUGAUUGCACGAGUCGCUUCGUCGGCUCCUUCGUUGCUGUUCGACUUCGCUUCUUCGACGACGUACCCUUCCUGUCAGAUCGGACGUUACAGCAUUUUGAUCGGAAUAAACGACGGUAGCUCGCUCGCAGUGAAGCUAUUGCGCUCCACUGUUUGUGAUCGAUGGCCAGGCCAUGGAACGCUCAGAAUACGCCAGUCGACGUAUCUCAGCUUAUCGAGCAGCUUGAGCGCCAUUGCCUUGCCCCCGAUGGAUCCUACCUCUCCAAAUCCGCAUAUUCGGAACUCCAUCUUGCAAGGGAGGAGAUGUCCAAAGAGAGGUUGCGUUAUUUGGAAGCCUUAGCUGUCUACGGAGAGGCAAUAGGAAUGGUUGAGGAGUAUCAACAAGCGAUUUCUGCUGCUAAUCAUGGGGGAGUAAGAGAUCAUCAGCCUCUAUAUCCACAUUUUGGGUUGACUUGUUCUCCUCAGGUUUAUGAGUCUCUUGAGCAUCAAUUAGCCGCUGCUGAGGCAGCUCAGAGAUUGAGGCUUCCACUUCUCUCUAAAGAUGGAGACGUUCGCAAGGAAGAUAUAGAGAAGUGGAAUACAAUGUCCAGGAGCUCUCUUGAUAGUGCAAGUAGUAUGACACUCAGCUCAAGCUCAAUUACAACCGGAUACAAUAAUAAUUAUGUAGAUAACAGUAAUGUUUCACGAAUUGUUGGUCCACCUCCAAGUAUUUUUGAUAAUGUGGAGCUUGGAGUUGGUGGAGUACCUAAUCGCUUCCUUGGAAUAACUCCAAGUUUUCUAUGGCAAGUCCAACCACAGCAAACUAGCAUGAUGGUGAACUCCGCAGAGUAUCAGAGGUCCGUUUUGCUAGAGAUCGAGUCUCGACUAGAAGCUAAGUGUGAUACUUUGGCUGAUAUUUUUACAAUGGAUGAAAUUGAUUCUUCUUCCAUAAGUCAGAUUUCAGGUGCCCGGCUCCCAGAAAGGGUUAAGUUGAUCAUUGAGGAGAUUGAAAGAGAGGAAGCUCUUUUGCUAGAGGAUCUUUACUCCAUGGAUAGAAAGUUUGCAGAACACUUCAAUGUCAUAGACCAAAUACUAGAGGUACUUAUUAAGUUUAUAAUGGACCUAAAGUUGCAGCAUCAACAUGAAUUUGAUGAAUUGAGGAAAACUUGGCUUUGUAAAAGAUGCCAAACAAUGAAUGCCAAAUUGAGGGUUCUAGAGCAUCUUCUCUUGCGUGAUACUUAUACAAAGGAGUCUGUGCCAGCUCUUCACAGGAUUCGAAAGUAUCUUGUUGAGGCAACUGAAGAAGCAUCAAUUGCUUAUAAUAAAGCGGUUACACGUCUAAGGGAAUAUCAAGGUGUAGAUCCAUACUUCGAUUCAAUUGCAAGACAGUACAAUGAUAUUGUAAAGAAACUUGAGGGCAUGCAAUGGACAAUUCACCAAGUUGAAAUGGAUCUAAAGCGCUCACUUGAUCAAUCAGCCCCAUAAAUCUGCUUUUAGUUUUUGAUUAAAAUGUUGAGAAGUUUACCUUUUUAAAGAAGAAAGGAUAGGUGGCUGCAUCUAUUUGGACAUCUAAGCUAGCUGAUGGAUUUGAACAUCUGGAAGAAGUGGAAGUUGAAGCAACGGCUCUCAUCAAAAAAUCUUGUUGUCAUUGCAGCAAUAGCUACAAUUUAAACUCAUUAAUUUGAGAGUUUCAAUCCUGCAUUACUACUCUUGAUUGUUGCGUUAAGAACUUAGUUAAAAAUCAUCCAAAUGAGAACGUCAUUACAAUCCUGUUAAUAUAUAUUUAUGAUAUGUAUCGUAAAUUUUAGGGAAA